AUGAUGUACUUGGCACAAUGGAAUGAAGUCAAUUCAGCACCAAGAGGGGGGGAGGAGAUGAUUUGUGCUACGAGUAAGAUGCAGAAGGCGACGAAGGAGCAGAAGGUUGAUACGAUACAGGUACGGUACAGUACAAUCCACGAGUACAGGUACCAGCAGACGCAGGUUAGCUGUGUGCUGUCGCCAGGUAUGGAGUACUCGGGCCAGCUAGUAGGAGCCAUGAUGUCGACAGCGAGACAAGCAGAGCCAGCGUGCGUGGAUCUGAAAGGGGGGUGGAGAUGCAAUCUGUGGGACUGGGAAGGCACGACAGGGGAGGUGUGGGAACAUGGGUGGGGUGGGGUGGAGGAAGGCAGGAGCAGGCUACAGCAGUACUCGCACUUGCACUUUCAAGUUCGGAGUGGGUGUCUGUGGCAGAUUUCGAGGAAAGCUGCAAGUUGGGUGGUCCUGCGUUUGCAGUUGCAACAGGGUGCUACCAUGGAAGGUGCUAUGGGGUUCUGUUCUAUCAAGGUACUAGAACUAGAACUUGCCUCGUCUUGCUCCAACAAAUAUGAACUUCUGUAUAAGAGCUGUGCUGUGCUGUGCUGUACUGUAUGUACUGGCAGUGUGGAGUUGGCACGGCACGGAGUACAAGGGCUGGGUACAUCCCCUGCUGGCAUGCGCACCUGGCCUGGUGUACCUCGUAGCCGUGGCGGCGCGCACUGUCCCGCACGGUACGAGUGCCAACCCCGGGACAGGGCAAAGCAGGGAUGUGGCCAAGGUGCGGUGGGGCCAGCGAGAAAAUCUGAUGCUUGUUGGAUAAGGCUACGGCAGUUUGACCAGGGGCCUGCGACAGGUGGAUGUUGGCCUUUGCCGCCACUGCGGAGAGAGGCGGACGGCUCUGCGAAGGAGAUUAUGCAGGGGGGCAGCGAGCAAGAAUGCCGAAAUGUGCAGAGUUUACUGUAUGAUCUGGGUAGGGUGUCUAUGAGAGAGAAGAAGAAGAAGAAGAAGAAGAAGAAGAAGAAGAAGAAGAAGAAGAAGAGUCAUUGCAGGUACCUGAGCUAG